AUGGGCGGACAUAGAGGGCAGGGUGACGAGGACGGAGAUGAUACCCCAGAUCAUCAUGACCCGGCCGCGAGAUCGAACGAUCCAAGUCCUAUUUACCCUGGAGGAGUGAAUCCCUAUCAUGACGAUGCAGUGGAUUGGGUGGUCGAGGGAACGGGAAUGAGAGUUGCCUACGAUGACUUUACAACUAUCGAUUGGAUCCACGAUUUUGCACAGGAGAGGCAGCGAAUCAGGAGGCUUCAUCACCAACCAGGACUGGCUGGUCAGAUUGCGGUCAUGUACGACUGGGUCCAGGGAUGGAUUGUUGUCUUGGCAGUAGGAGUUGCAGCCGGUAUCGUUGCAGGCGGAUCAGAUAUUGCCUCCCAAUGGCUUGGCGACAUCAAAGAGGGCUACUGCGACACAGCGCUCUAUCUUAACAGGAACUUUUGUUGUUGGGGACUCGAUGAAACGGAUACCUGCACAGAUUGGGUUCCUUGGAACAGUGCUACGUUUGUUGUUGGCUACAUCUUCUACAUCAUAUUUGCGCUCAUGUUCGCAACAACAGCGGCCUACCUCGUCAAGACAUUCGCUCCCUAUGCAGAAGGAUCGGGUAUUCCUGAGGUCAAGACCAUUCUGGGCGGAUUUGUUAUUCGACAUUACCUGGGACUUGAAACACUGGUUAUUAAGACAGUUACGCUGGUCCUUUCCACAGCUGCAGGACUCUCACUCGGCAAGGAAGGACCACUGCUUCAUAUUGCGUGUUGUAUCGGCAACAUUCUACCGAGAAUUUUUCCAAAGUUCAAGAAGAAUGAGGCCAGGAUGAGAGAGAUUCUGUCAGCGGCGGCUUCAGCGGGUAUCUCGGUCGCGUUUGGUGCGCCCAUUGGAGGAGUUGUGUUCUCACUGGAGGAGAUGUCGUACUAUUUCUCGUCGGAUACGAUGUGGCACUCGUUCUUCUGUGCCAUGGCUGCUGCAGUGGCGUUGAAGCUGAUAGACCCGUUCAGGACUGAGAAGCUGGUGGUGUUCCAAGUCUCGUAUAAUCGAGACUGGCAUGGAUUUGAGAUGUUUUUCUACAUGCUCCUGGGCAUUCUCGGGGCAAGUGAUCUGGGUCUUUGGGGUGCAUUCUUUAUCAGGAUGAAUUUGCGCCUGGCCGCAUUCCGCAAGACGUCCUGGCUGAGAAUCUUUCCUAUCUAUGAAGUCUUUGCGGUCUGCUUGCUCACAGCAGCUGUUGGAUAUUUGAACAUUUUCACUCGAGUGCAAUCUCCCGAGUUGCUGGCCAAUCUGUUCCGUGAAUGCGAUGGCGGAGCAAACUAUCAUGGCCUUUGCGAUGAAGGAGGGGCCACCUUGCGAGUGCUUUCACUCCUUUCUGCGAGUGGUGUCAAGGGUGUGUUGACAAUCCUAACGUUUGGAUUAGCUAUCCCUGCAGGCAUUUUUAUGCCCUCUAUGGUUAUUGGCGCGCUCUUUGGUCGUGCGCUUGGUAUUAUUGUCCAGUCAUGGCAGCUGAGUCAUCCUGGGUUCUGGCUGUUUGCUUCUUGUCUUCCGGAUGUCCCCUGCGUCACGCCCGGAUCGUAUGCCAUGGUUGGGGCAGCAGCGUUUAUGGGAGGCGUAACGCGAAUGACGGUCUCCUUGGUGAUUAUCAUGUUUGAGCUGACCGGUGCUCUAACCUACGUCCUUCCCAUCAUGAUUGUUGUCAUGACAAGCAAAUGGGUGGGCGAUGCGUUUGGCAAGGAGGGUAUCUUUGACGGUAUUAUUCUCCUCUGUGGAUACCCGUUCCUGGACGACAAGGAGCAGUACAGACUGAAUACAACAGCGUCUCAGGUUAUGACACCGGUCGAGGAUAUCGUGGUCGUUACGGCAACCGGCAACACACUGGACUCACUCGAUAAUCUGCUGCAUGAGACGCAUUACAAGGGUUACCCGGUUGUUAACUCUCUUCGGGACAUGAUGCUGGUCGGAUACAUCUCGAGGACCGAGUUGAGAUACGCGAUCGAUGAGGCCAGGAGAAGAAACUUGCCCGGAAACACACCUGCGGGUAAUGUGGUACCGAUUCUGGAGAACACGCCGGCGUUUAUAGAGUUUCGACUGUGGAUGGAUCAGACGCCCAUCACAGUGUCGCACCGGUUCCCGAUGGAUCAGGUCAUUGUUAUCUUCCGAAGAUUGGGAGUUCGUUAUGUGCUAUGUACGCAGCAUGGGCAGUUACUGGGUUUGAUCACAAAGAAGGAUGUGCUAAAGCACAUGGCCUCAAUCGAGCAUCCUAGCGAGCAGGAAACAUCUUCGUAA